UUUCUUGUCUAGUUCUCUCUAUAUAUACACUUAUGAGUAAACCUUCAUCAUACAAACUAGAAGAAAUUACUCAAUUUUCGAAAAUCAAAACCAUGACAACAUCUCUUCCCAAACACUUACAAGAUCAAGAGGGCCUAAGUGAAGAGGGUAAGAACUUUUUCUCAAUCUUACCAAAAGAAAAAGGAUGGAUGGGAUCGUAUAUUUAUAACUAUCAAGGUUUUUGGGCAUCGCCAAGAACAAUUCAAGGUGUGAUUGCAUGUCAACAACAAUUUCAUGCUCAAGAUAGUGAUAUCAUCAUUGUUACACCUCCUAAAUCAGGAACCACUUGGUUAAAAUCUCUUUUAUUUGCUUUAGUGAAUCGAAUGAAAUAUCCUGUUUUUGAACAAAAUCACCCUUUACUUGUUAAGAACCCUCAUGAGCUCAUUCCAUUCUUGGAAAUUAGUCUCUAUGUCGAUGGUUGUGUCCCUAAUUUUGCAUCCUUCACUUCACCUAGACUCUUGUCAACUCAUAUGCCCUUUGCUUCAUUGCCUAAAUCUAUCCAAGAUUCAAAAACCAAACUUGUUUACUUGUGUAGGAAUCCUAAGGACACCUUUAUUUCUCUGUGGCAUUUUACAAACAAUUUAAGACUUCAUCAUAAAGAUAUGCAUCCCAUUGAAGAAAAACUAGAAUCUUUUUGUAAGGGGGUGAGCCCUUAUGGUCCGUUUUGGAAUCACGUAUUGGAUUAUUGGAAACAAAGUAUAGAAAAGCCUAAAAAAGUACUUUUCUUGAUGUAUGAAGAAAUUAAAGCGCAACCCAAACUUCAACUUAAACGCUUGGCUGAAUUUUUGGAAUGUCCAUUUUCCAUAGAGGAAGAAAAUUGUGGAGUGAUGGACGAAAUAUUAAGAAUGUGUAGCUUUGAGAAUUUGAGCAACUUGGAGGUGAAUACAAAUGGGAAAUUGUCAAACGAAACAGAAAAUAAAGUAUUCUUUCGUAAAGGAGAAGUCGGGGAUUGGAAGAAUUAUUUUACUAGAGAAAUGAGUGAGAAACUCAAUGAUAUUAUUGAACAAAAAUUUCAAGAGUCCGAAAUAAAGUUUUUGUAUAUCUGACUAA